AUGAAUCGGAAGUCAACUUUAAAUCAAAAGCGUUCAGCGACUAUUUCUGAAUUCCGAUUUAUUACUGAAGAAAAUACGGAAGCAAAUGCAUUGCUGCAACAAGAACAGCAACAACCCCAAUUAAAACAAGAUCAGUCACUGUUGCAGCAACACAAGCGUACUCAAAGUCAAACCAAACUAACAAAAGUACUUCCCUAUAAAGUUACUAGAUCCAAAUCAGUUCAUGCAUUUCAAGAAUACGGUAAAGGGUUUGUUGGUUCCCCGUUAAUGAACUCCUCGAUUAAAUCCUCACAAAUAAAUCUGCCGCAAUCGAAGAAGUUGAUAAAAAAACAAAUAACACCUUUGCAACCAACUCCUCCAAUAAUUUCGCCAAUUCCAAUUCCACAGCAACCUUCGACAUCUAUUGCAGUGGCAUCAGAGGAACUGCGAUUACCAGUACCACCCCCACCAUCACCACCACCAGUACCACAACCUCCACCUCCAAUUCAUCCUUCACCAUUUAUUAGCAACACUAUUGAUGAUGAUAAUGCUCAAACUUCGUUAUCUUAUUCUUCCAAUUUGCUCAAUUAUUGUCAAGAAAGUGUAGCUACACCUACGUAUCCAGUAGUAGCCACAAAAAACUCCGAUAGUGGAGUUCGCAAUGCAACUGUAAUUUACCGCAAAAAAAAUACUGAGGAGUUAGAUUAUAAUUUAAAUGAAAUAUCGCCAAUAUCAUAUGACACUAAUUCACUUAGGGUGGUUAAAAGACAGAGCAAACUUUCUGCUAACUCCAAAUUAGAAGCACAUACCUUAAGUAAUGACUUUAAAUUGGAAAAGGAUAAAAUUUUGUCACCAGAUUUGGAAAUAGUGACGGCAAAAGCUGAAGAUAAUGAUGAUACUAAUAUAGAAAUAAAGCAAAAGAAUAUUUUGGAAACCCCCACAAGUUUUGAUAACAAUCAGACUCCCAAAAUCGUUGGUGAUAACGAUUCUUACACUUCCCCAGUGUCAACUGAAUUGUUUUCAAAUAUAACCAGAAGAGGGUUUUGGUGGAUUAUUGUGAUCUUAUUAGGCAUAAUUGUAAUUUUAAUUGGUGGAUUUGCUCCUGCGGUGUUUAUUUUGGGGAAAGGAACUAAGACUUCGGUGGGAAAAUAUUUCAGUGACCCCAAGAAUUUACCCAUGUUGUAUUUAUUAUCACUGAAAUAUUUGACCAAAGUCGAAGAGCCUCUCGAACAUAUUCAUAAACCAAAUUCAAUUGAAGGGCUUAGUGAGGAGUUGCGACAAGAUAGUGAGGUGGUUUCAUUGAUGAGUAUUGUUACUAACGCUUUAUUUUUUGGAGUUGCGUAUUCUCCGAGCAAUGCGUUGGAACCGCAGUGUGGGUUUACAAGAAGAGACGCAAUGUUAGAUUUGGCUAGGUUAUCUACUAUUACCACGAAAAUUAGAAAUUAUGGUAUGCACUGUGAUCAAAGUGAAUUCAUUUUGGAUGCAAUUGAAUAUAUGAAUCUAAAUAUGACUUUAGCAAUGGGGGUUUGGAUUGGAUCUAAUGAUACUGUAAACGAAGAACAAAUGAAUACAAUGAAAAGAAUUGUUGCCAAGUACCCAAACCCACUGGAAUUAAUCAAUUCGAUAUAUAUUGGUAAUGAAGUGUUAUUUCGAGAAGAUAAGACAAGAGAUGAAUUAAUCGAGUAUAUUCAAGACGCCAAAACAUUUUUGCAAUCAAAAGGGAUUGAUGAUAUCCCCGUAGGAACAUCUGAAAUUGGUUCUUUGGUAGAUCUGCCUCUUUUGCAAGUUUGUGAUAUUGUUGGUGCCAACAUUCAUCCUUUUUUCGCUGGAGUUCCAGUGGAAUUUGCAACCAUUUGGUCUUUAGAAUUUCUUAAUUUCCAAGUUCAACCAUACAAUGAAUAUAAUACAAAAAUCGUACUUUCAGAAAUUGGUUGGCCAAGUGGUGGUGGCACAUUUGGUUCCUCGGUUGCCAGUUUAUCUAAUCUGGAAUAUUUUGCUAAUGAUUUUUUGUGUACAUUUCGAGAUUUACCAAUUGAGUAUUAUUAUUUUGAAGCAUUUGAUGAACCAUGGAAAGAAAUUUUUUGGGAAGGUAAUAGAAGAUGGGAAACUCAAUGGGGGGUAUUCCAAGACGAUAGACUGCCAAAAUUUGCUUUACAAAAUAUAGGAUGUGUGUAA